CUUCGUGGGCGACUGACUGGACGGGCCAUUCCUUUUCUCUCCGCGGCCCGCAUUCUUUAGCAAAGCCCUCGCCAAUCUCACGACGGCCACACGCGCAAUGGCACGCCGACCGCCGCGCGUGCUGCUCGUCAACGACGACGGCCCGCCCGCGCCGAGCUCGCCGCACAUCCUCGGCCUCUACACGCACCUGCGCGCGCGCCUCGGCUGGGACGUGAGCGUGGUGCUGCCCUCGUCGCAAAAGUCGUGGGGCAGCAUGGCCUUUGCGAUUGCCCACCCUGUCUCGCUGUGGUACUACUACCCGCUUGCGAACAACGACCGCGGCGCCGAUGCGCGCACGGCCGGCUCCUGGAGCGCCACGCGCCGGCCCGUGCGGCCGGACGAGGGCGAGGUCGCCGAGUGGGUCCUCCUCGAUGGCUCCCCCACUACAUGCGCCAACAUUGGCCUCUGGUCCUACGCCUCCCUCUAUCACGGCGGCGGCGGCGAGGAAGGUCCCUCUACUUCCUCCUCCUCCUCCUCUGCUCCGUCGGCGCCCGCGUUUGACCUCGUCAUCUCGGGCCCCAAUUUUGGCCGGAACACGGGCACGGCGUUUGCGCUCGGCUCCGGCACCGUCGGCGCGGCCAUGGCGGCGGCGCUCUCGGGCGUGCGCGCCAUCAGCCUCUCGUAUGGCCACUUUGCGCAGCCGACGGAGCAGAUGAAGGCCGCGGCUGCGCGCGAGGAAAAGGCCGGCGUCGGCGUCGGCGUCGGCGUCGGUGUUGGGCCUGCAGCUGGAGAUAAGAAGGAAGAGGCGCAACAGGAGCAGGAGAAGAAGCAGGAGCAGGGAGGAGCAGGAGAAGCGACGAAACGGAGACGCAAGGCGAGCUACACGGCGCCGUCUGCGCCGCGCGAGGUGGUGCAGCUGGCGCACGACCUCAGCGUCCGCAUCAUCGAGCGCCUCUGGCGCGAGUGGGACGACAACGUGGGCGUGUAUGCCGUCAAUGUGCCGCUGUGCUGGAUGCUGCGCGACGAGAAAGUGUAUUGGACGACGAUGUGGAAGAGCAAGUACGGCCAGCUGUUCCAGCCGACUGCCGGCGCACCAGCAGCAGCAGCAGUAGCAGCAGCGACGACGAGCGCCACGAGCGACAUCACUGCGACACCCGCGAGUCACCAGCCCGUGCCGGCGUCGGCGCCGACACCCGCGGUGCAGUUCCGGUUCAGCCCCAACAUGGCCUCAAUGCUGGCUCCAAAGGACCUCACCGUCGGCACCGACACCUGGGCGAUCCUCAAUGGCUACGUGUCCAUCACGCGCCUGCGGCCCAACUUCUCGGAGCUGGAUCCAUCGACGGCGCCAGGGCAGGGCGAGGCACAGGGCGAGGGCAAGCAGUUCCGUCUGUAGAGUACAAUAUAUUUUGCAUGGCACAAGUCUGCCUGUUGCUGCCAGUGACACAGUAGGAGUGUUCGUGUUCUAUGCGUU